AUGAUCUUUAUUUAUUUUAAAAUAUUAUUUUUCUCACUCUUAUUAGAUACAUUCAUAUCAUCACAUACUAAUAUUCCUAGAACUAACCAUAAUAAUUCGAAAAAUGCAGCAGUUAAUAAAACACCCGUAAAUACAAUUCCAGAUGUUAUUACAUUAGAUUAUAUUAAAGAACAAUUAAAACAAAUUCAACUAAUAAAAGAUGAAAUAAUCAAAGACAAAUUAAAAAAAAUUAAAUUCCUAAAAAAGAAAUAUAAAAGUAAAAAUAAAAACGAUCAUAAUGAUAUUAAAGAAGAAAUUGAAAAAUUAGAAAAAGAAAUAUUGGAUACUAAAAUAUUAUGCGAAGAUUAUAUAAAAAAUGAAUUAAAAGAAAUCUCAUUAUUAAAAGAUGAAAUUGUCAAGGAUAAAAUAGAAAGAUACCACUGGAAGAGAGAUAAAUUAAUAGAUUAUGAAUUAAACAGACUUUUUUAUGAAGCAAAAAAGAAAAAAAUACAACAAUUAUACGAUACGUUCCGUAGAGAAAAAGGUAUUAGUUGUAAAAUAAAAAAAAAAGAAAAAAGAAAAGAAAAAAAAAUGAAAAUGAAAAUGAAAAUGAAAACACAUAUAUAUAUAUAUAUAUAUAUAUAUUCUUUUAUAUUAUUUUAUUUUUUAGUAAAUAAGAUAAAAAAGAAAAGAAAGAAAAAAACAUUUUUUGAACUUUGGAGUUCAUUUUAUGAAAUAAUGGAAGAGAAAGUUCAUAAAUAUCAAUUAGGAGGAUAUACAAUAGGAAUAGGAAUAAUAGCUGCAAUAGCAAAAUCUAUACAUUCAAUUGUAGCAACACCUAUGGCCUGUAUCAAGGAAUCUGCUCUUACUGCCAAAUUUAUUGCAGGAACAAUUAAAUGUUGUAAAGCCGUUUCUGGUGCAGCAGCUACAUGUGGUUCUUCUGCUACUGCUGCUACCGAAAUAUGUACAAAAUGUGUGCAAAUUGUUAAGGGAACUGUUAAUAUUAUUUGUUGUACUUCUGCAGCGGAAAAAUGUUGUGAAGUAACGGGUGUUGUUGCCAACUGUUGCAAACUUAAGUCACUUCAAACAGCUUGCGCUACUGCUACUGCCUCUCCUGAUCCUGCAACUAAAGUCGUAGCAAUAAUAAUAAUCGUUAUUCUUGUUAUAAUACUUAUAGUAUAUUUAUAUUUUUUAAUUAAAAAAUCUGGAAUAUUAGAAAACGAAAAAGUCCAAAAAGUAAUAUCAAAAUUAGAAGAUUAUUAUAUGUCACAACAAGUUUUAUAUAUUAUUUGA